AUGCGCGGCCUCCGGAUAUGGGUGGGCCGGAUUCUAUUGUUAUUGGCCGGGCUCCGAGAAGCCGCAGCCAGCCUCCAGUCGUUUGAUGAGCCCUUCGUGCGGCAGUGGCUGAACAAGAGCGCCAGCCUCGACCUCAGCGCCCGGUGUACGGAGAGUUUGGCACGGGUAUGGCCCUAUCUCAACAUGCACGACACCUUCGAACUCCAAAGAAAUUACUACCACCAGUCAUUCGGAGCAGGGCCAGCCUGGCUCUUCCUCAGUCGAGACCAAGACCGAUGGGUCUACCGGGGCUACGAGUGCCUGCUCGCUGCCGGAGAGACCGUAUAUUCCAGAUCCGAGCACCCCAUGCAUUUUUGCUACGGCAUUAAUGAAAACGAAGAGCCGGGGACGGAGGCGUACAGCAUUUGCAUCCCCAGCCCGUGUGAGAAGGAGCACAAGCAGCUGCUCGGUCUCUGGCAAGAGGUGGUAGAUGAGGAACAGGCCGACGCGUCCAAGAUGGACUUUACAAGCUGUAUCGCGUCCAGGCACGAGAAGCAAUGGUUCGAGCUCCCGAUCCCGGUUGCCGAUUUCAUCUUCAACGCCAUGUUGUCGUUAUUCGUCUGCUUGGCCACUGUAUUCCAUAUGCACCGUGGUGAUGACGUCAAGACGAUGAGCCAAAAGAUGCUGCUCUGCUUCUCGUUGAAGAAAAACCUGAAGAAGGCGACUUGCUACCCGAAAGACCCCCAAUCAACAAUCACUUGUAUGUUCGGGUUACGGUUCCUUACAAUGGCCUGGACCCUGAUCGGUCACUCGUUCAUCUUCAUCCAGGCCUACCUCGGCAACGUGGACGAGUUCAAGGACGAGAUGGUCAACUCCUUCUGGAGGCAGUGGAUUACCAACUUUACUUUGAGCGUGGACGUCUUCCUGACGCUCGGCGGGACGGUGUUGUCCUAUUCUUGGUUCAGGAAGUGGUUGAAGAAUACUACUGAACCCGAACCCUCGUGGAACUCUUGGGGCUACUGGUUCCGCUUCUACCAGCAUCGCAUCAUCCGCCUCUGGCCCGCCUACCUCUACACACUAAUGGCGGUGACGUUGAGGCUAUCAGUGACCCAUUGGCAUCCGAUGUGGCCACCAACCGAUCCGGCCAUUCAAUGCCCAAAAUACUGGUGGCAGAAUGCGCUUUUCAUCAACUCGUUGACACAGAAUAGAUGUAUGCCAUGGACUUGGUACAUCGGCACCGAGUUCAUCUUCUACGUCGUUUCUCCAAUCUUCCUCCUCUCUCUCCGGAAAUCCCCCAAGUUCGGGCUUCUUGUUUGCAUCAUCACGAUCCUUGCUUCCGGAAUCUUGAACGUCGUCACCAUCCUCCAGGAGAACUUCCCGCCAACUCAAUUUUUGUGGAAGCAACCUGAGAUUUUCAACCCUAAUUUUAUCCAGCAUCACGUCCAGCUCUACAUCAAGCCCCAAUACCGUAUCGCCCCCUACGUCAUCGGCAUCCUGCUCGGCUACUACCUCGCCAACUACCAGAAGGGCGCCUCCAAGCAACCUCGCAGUCGUAGCUUCGUCUUGGGAGGCUGGGCGAUGGCCCUGUUGGCAAUGUUCCUGUCGAUGUAUGGGCUCUACCCGUCGCUACAGGGCUGGGACUGGGGUGUUUACCACACUCUCUACGGCGCCACCCAUCGUGUCAUCUUCUCGCUGGGCUUGGCCUGGGUCCUUUAUGCUUGCCAUACAGGUAUUGGAGGCCCGGUGAAUGCGUUGUUGUCCUGGUACCCGAUGGUUCCGCUGGCAAAUCUGUCGUACUCAGCAUAUCUCUUCCACAUGAUCCCGGUCGUCCUCACAUACCUCCUCGUGCCGUUCCCCAUCAUGAACAACUCGAUGUGGUACAUCUUUGCCCACUGCGCCGUGCAGUUGGUUAUUUCCUACGUGUUCGCCUUCAUCUGUUCCACUUCCGUCGAGUACCCGGCCCAAAACAUGGAGCGUCUCCUGCUCUACAACACCCCCAAGAAGUCCCACCUGAAACCGGUACAGACCGCCGAAUCCGAGCUGCAACUCAAGGAC